AUGGCUCCCACCCAGAACCACGAAGACCUGAAGCACCGCACCCAGGAAUCCGCCCGCGGCGUCUACGCCUUCAGCCAGCGCCAGCUCGACCGCGCCGUCAGCCCCUCCACCCGCCAACAAGCCUACACCAGCGCCGCCGACUUUGCCCACGAGCGACCCCUCCUCUUCGCCUUUCUCGCCGCACAACUCAUCUUCUCCUUCCUGCCGCUCGUCAUCUUCGCGACCUUUGCCCUCUCGACUGGUCGGCUUCGCCCUCGGCGCCGCCCUCCUCUUCGCCCUCUUCUGGAUUCGGGCGUCGCGCUGCUGGUACUCGUGCCGACGCUGUUCCUGACGAGCGCCGUCGGGCUCCUUGUUUGGAUCUGGGCCGCUGGGAGCUUCGUUGUCGCGCGGAAGCUCUGGCAGGUUGCGCCGGCGAGUGUCAAGGGCGGGCAGCAUGGGUCGACCAAUGGUGAGCGGACUGGCGUUGUGCUGAAGGAGGAACCUCGUGAUUGA